CAUUCUUCCACCAUUUAUAAAUCUCUUUCAAACAUUUGGAUAUAACACCGGUGACUAGCGGCGAUGGAGAUUUCUGCGGUGGUGGUGGCGGCGGCGGUGAUGGCUUGUUAGUUCCCACUCAAUUGGCUUCGUGAUCGUUGAAAAGCUCGUUUUUCCAAUACAGAAAAAAAGGGGAAGAAGAUGGACGGAGGCGUUCACCGAUUCCGGCGACGGAGGAGCCUCCAGGAGCGGCUAGGAAUAAAAGACAUAGUUUGUUGUGGGUCCACUUGGGGAAUCGGACCCUCCACCAUGAGUAUCGGUGGCGAUGACGACGGCGGCGGCGAUCUAUUUGACCUAGUAGACCAACAUAUAGACAUACCGGAAUUGGUUCGGAUCCCGCCGGAGUUAAAUUCCAAUCGUGACUGCGUGUUUCCGUCACCGCGGAUGAAUCUUGCCGCCGCGUUGGCGGCGGAACGCCACUCUCGGUCAACGACGGUGGAGGCUGACGGUGUGGAGAAUCAGAAUGAGAAUGAGAACAAUAAUCGGUCAAUAUCUGCAACCCCACGGCGGAGUAGUACGCCGGCGCGUGAAUCUCCGGGGAGGAUGUCGUUGAUGAGAUUGUUGGAGGAAACGGACGGUCAUGAUGAAAAGGAAGGAACGGGGAUGGAUCUAGUGUGUUGCGUGUGCAUGGGGAGGAAGAAGGGUGCAGCGUUCAUACCGUGUGGACACACAUUUUGUCGGGUGUGUUCGAGGGAGUUGUGGUUGAACCGUGGUACGUGUCCUCUUUGUAACCGUUCGAUCACCGAGAUCCUUGAUAUAUACUAAAUUCGAUUUAAUCGUACCCUUGGGAGAACAAAUUUUCGAUCAAA